AUCAGGUACACACCACAGAGAAAUACCACAGUUCCAAAACAUAAUUUGAAGCUGUAGUUUCUCUGACCUCUGGAUUAAUACGAUUUUAUGCGCAGCAGCAGUUUGUUACAAAAGAUGAAACUCGGAGGAACAGAAAAGAGCAAAAUGGAUAGAAAGCUGCUAAAGCCUCAGGUAGAGAAACGUCGGAGAGAGAGAAUGAACCAAAGCCUGGAGAGCCUGAGAACAUUGUUGCUGCAGAGACCACAACAUCAGGGGUUGACUCGGCGAAGAUUGGAGAAAUCUGAGAUCUUGGAGCAGACAGUUCUCUUUCUCCAGUACACUGGUGACAAGGACAGAAAGAAAGCUGAAGGUGCAGAACAACAAAGUCCCUUCCACAAUGGCUUGUCAGCCUGCCUGCAGAGAGCUGUCCACUUCCUGGGUCACGAAAGAGAGGGGUUGCGCUUGGAGGGAGCACUGAACAAUAUUUUCUCUGCUGGUCUGAACAGCAAUGCUUGUGUGAGCACUAAAGUCCCGGCUAAAGCCUACCCUUCUAGCUCGUCGCCCAGAACACUAGUCCACCAGUCCUCACGCCUGAUGACAACACAGGAGUCCUACACCAGACCGCAGCUUUGUGGAGUCAGUGGAAAUACGUCUCAUUCUCACAGAGCUCCACUCCGACAUGGAAUUCACAACGCUCCUCAGCAGACCUGCAGAGACACUGACAAAGAAGUCCAUUCCCAGAACCUCUCAACCAGUCACUCUGUGUGGAGGCCGUGGCCCUGAUCUACCACAGGAGCCUGAACUGGGAUAUUGAACUGUAAACUGUAAUUCAUACGAACUGAUAAUGAGGAUGACACAUCCUUUGUUGCUUGACUGAUAUGGAGUCAUUAAUUUAUGCAGUGUUGUGAACACUGGACUCAGCGGCUCCAAAUUUGCAGGGAGACUAAAAUAUUGUUGCACAAAGAAUUCUUACAGUAUCUGUAAAUAAUAUAUUAUUUCACUGACUUCACCAGUCUACUUUCAGUAGUCUGCUCUGUUGUUCAU